GGGGCUUACUCUGGGUGGGUUGGAUUUAGCUCAUGGCUAAUAAGCGCUUUAGAAGUUUAAAAGCACAGAGGCAAGUGUCACACGAGUCUUCCUUAUAUGGGUGAGGUCCAACAGUGCAGGGAUUUAUCAAUAUUACAAUGUGAGAAGAGACUUGUGCAGCCCGCAUCCUUCCAUCUGCACACAGCUGCAAGCUGGGGACCCGGACACAGCCUGACCAUGAGACGCAGGAAGAUCGCAGUGGCAGCUGGUUUCUGCCUGUCCUUUUUUCUGGGCACACUGCUUAAUUUGCUGUGCAUCCCUGGAUUUGAUCCCCACCAUCACCAGCUGCAUAAUGGGGUCACCCCUGCCCCUCUGCACCCUUCCUUAUAUGUGAGGAGCAAGCAGGGCAGGGGGGUCUCUCUGGACCUCAUAAAGCAGCUCCGCGAGCGCUACGAGGAGGUGAUCCGCUAUAAGGAGCACCAAGCCCCUGAGUCUGCCACUGGUCGGCAGGUUCGACCCUUGGAGAGAAGACUUAUGGACCUGGCCCAAAGGACUUCUACUGAGCAGCACCGCACAUGGCAGUACCAGAGCCAGAAUCAGGACAUACUAUCCCCAUCACACCUCAGGUCCAAAAUAGACUUGUCUUUGAAGCCACCUUUGUUAGGGUGCCAAGAAAUAAGCAAUGUUACCAAUGUGCGCUAUUUGGGUUCUGGUUACACCAAAGCUGUGUAUAAAGUGGUCUUGAAUGACACUGUGUCAGUGGCACUGAAAUCUGUAGAUUUUGGAGGGCAUGACAUACAGAAUUGUGUUAAACUGUAUAAUACACUGGAAGAUUGCUACAGAUUGGCAUCCUUUAAAAUUGUUAAAGAAAUGAUCCUAUUGCAAAGACUUCAGCACCCCAACAUACUACAGUUAUAUGGAUUUUGUUAUCAAGACAGUAAUGACAUAUCAGACACACUGACCACCAUUAAUGAACUGGGUUCCCCACUGGAGAUGAUUCAGCUGUUACAAUCUUCUUGGGAAGACCGAUUUAGAAUAUGCCUAAGUUUAGUGCGACUUUUACAUUACUUGGCUCAUUCCCCCCUGGGCUCUAUCACACUUUUGGAUUUUCGCCCUCGCCAGUUUGUGAUUGUAGACGGUGAAUUGAAAGUUACUGAUUUAGAUGAUGCAAGUAUGGAUGAGACCACUUGCUCCAAAAAUAGUGACUGUUUUAUGGAUUUUCCAGCAAGAAACUUUACACUUCCGUGCUCUGUUGAUGGGAAAUGUGAAAACAUGAAUGAGAAGAGGAAUCUCUAUAAUGCAUACAGGUUUUUCUUCACGUACCUGCUUCCACACAGUGCACCUGAAUCACUAAGACCAUUGCUGGAUGCUGUAGUUAAUGCAACAGGUGAACUGCGUUGGGGGAUCGACGAAACUCUUGCACAGUUAGAAAAAGUUUUGUAUUUGUACAAAAAUGGUUUAUAUCUGCCAAAUGUCACACACACACACAACGCUGAAUACAAGCAAGUGAAAGACUUUUCUAUCGCUGAAGAAGAUUAUAGAUGUUGGCCUUCCUAUCAUCAUAAUGGCUGUCUUCUCUCAAUAUAUGAUAUUAAUGAAGCAAUUGAAUUGUGUGAGAGCCAUACUCAGUGCAAGGCUUUUGUUUGGACUAACCAGACAACGUGGACAGGUCGACAGCUUGUCUUUUUCAAAGCAGAGUCAAGAAAUCUCAUUUCAGAUCAUGGCAAGAUAUCAUACUUGAAAGUAACACAGAAGGACAGAAUAAAUAAUGAAACCCUGUAGAACAAUAUGUUUUGGUGCCAUCGAGAUCGUUUUCGAUAAAAAAUUGCACUAAUAUUCAUUCUAAUUUUUAGAGUGUUAUAAGUCAUGAAAAUUAUACCUGAUUUGUCAGGAAAAUAUGUGCAAUAAAUUAGAUUUUUUUUUUUUUUUAAAAAUGUGAUAAAGAUAAUGUGAUACACUGUUAGAAAUGAAUAUAUUGUGAUUUUCAUCGGAAUGAAUAGAGAUUUAGCUCAAUAUUGAAUACAAAUAGCUAAGAAUACAACUGAAAAAAGUAUUUUAAGCUCAGCAAUAGCCCAAUAGCUUAUGUCUUUUUUUUAACCUUUAAAAAAUGUUGUCAAUUGAUUGUUUUAUCAUAUGUUAUGUAAAUUAAAUUAUAAUUAUCAUAAUUAUAAAACAUCUUACUUUAAGCUGGUAGUUGCGAUACAAAUUACCCAAAGCCAUAAAUCACAGAUACCAUAACAUUUACAUGCAAUGUACCUGUUAUUUAAAAUGUACUUAUUCACAUAACUAAUUCUGAAGCUCUUGUUAUCUCUGCAAUCCAGUCACCAGUUCAUUAGGGUCACUCGUGCUUGUUAUUAUUAGAUUGUGCUUGUUAUUAUUUUUUAAGAGACAUAAUACUUAUAUGCUAAGUCACUUGAAAGUGAUGCAGUAUUACUGCAAAAAGGUGACAAGAAAAUAUUACCUAAACAUCUCUGUGUAAAAAAGGAAGAUUGUACCUCAAAAUGUUGCUGUGCUGUGUGAACAGUUAUAUUGCAGCUGCUGUCCAGCUGCAAGUUAAAAAAAAACCCCCAAAAAACAAUAGCCAAUCAGCAUCAACAGUGCCGAGGUCAUGCUAUGCUUUGCUGUGAUCUCAUGACAUUUCACUAAAAUCUUGUGAUAUUUCAUAGUAAACAUUCUUAAACUGAAUAGGGAAAUAACAUGACUGUGCCUGCCAGAUGCAUGCUCCCUUGCAAGUCCAGGGUCUAGCAUCCUGAUAGGCUACCUAAAGUUUUCAGUGAGUUGUAAAUACUAAUUUUGAAGUAAAUAUCUCCCUUUUUUACAUAGAGAUGUUCAGGUGAUAUUUUCUAGUCAGCUUUGGACAGCUAUGCUACAUCACUUUUAAGUGCUUCACCAUUUGGAUAUCAUAUCCCUUUAAGAUAGAGCCAUAUUAUGUACAUGCACUGAAUUUUAUAUAUGAGGUAAAUUACAUCACUUUGAUUAUGCAGUUUAUGUAUAACAAUACCAGUACGGACCCUUUGUAUAUGUAGCACAAAUUUGUGAAGUGUAGCAGAGCAUCUUUUACUUGUUAAGUUGGGCAUUCACCUUGUUUCUAAUCUUUGAAUACAUUGAACAUCAGCUCAAAAGAAAAGUAAGAAAACACUGAAUGAUAUGAUGAUAAAAAUGUGUUGAGGGCCACUGAAUGUGCUAUUGUGAUUGCAGUGCUUAAACUGACAUGUAAGUCAAAAUUUGGACCAGAUUACAAGUGGAGCGGUAUUUAGCACUCACACUAGAGCACUAAUACCGCUGAAAGUAAAUUUGUAACGGGCACCUAUCGCUUGCGCGCUAACACAACACUCGAAACAAGUAAUACAUAUUUUACAUUCCUAUGUUCUUUAGAUGGGAUAAAAUGUUCUUUUUAUUUAUAAAUAUUUAUUUAUAUAUACAGUAUAUAUACACAUAUAUGUAUGUAAAUAUUUAGAAAUACAAAGAACAUUUUCUUCUAAGUGAAGAACAUUGUAAUGUAAACUUUUUACAGUAAAAACACAGUGAAAACUUUAAUUCAUAUUAAUAUUCAAUAAAAAAUAUUUUUCUUGUUUUCAGGUAUUAGAGUGGACAGGGCUCCAAAGUAUAUAUACAUAUGUAUAAAUGUGUAUAUUUGUAAGGGUAUUUUCAACUUGUAAUAUGAGCGUAAGUUAAUGCAGGUGUGAUAUUGCGAUAUCACUCCCGCUCUAACAAUAGCUUACCACUUGUAAACUAUCCCUUAAACUUUUAUGAUUCAGAAAGAGCAUACAGUAAAAAAACAGUGCAAAGGAUACCAAUAAAAAGAGGUAAUUUUGAUAAUAGUCGUAAAUUAACAAAUUUUUUAAUUGUACAUUUCAUCUUAAUCAAAGGCGUAAUUAGAAUUCACAGGGCCCAGUUGCAAGAAUCUAAGAAGGGCCCAGUUGCAAGAAUCUAAGAAGACUUCCUUGUACCUCUAAAUGAAAAUAUGUUUUCAUUUAUUGCUAAUCCAAAAUCAUCAAUGAUCCUUACAUAAGAGUUUCAUAUAUGAAUAUAUUAUAGUAAACCUAAUUUAUCACCCUGCAGGACCAAGCAAAUAUUUUAUUGGAUAUUUGUAUCUGGGCAUCUAUCUAUCUGGUCUACUCAUCCCAAAAUUCUCUGUUGGUUGGAUCUCGAUAAGUAUUGUCUCCAUGAGUCAUUGGUUUCUUCUGAAAAUAUCUUAGCUAAUGCUGUAUUAGUUAUUGCCCAUGUGUUCUCAUUGCUUCCUAAAAUAGAUCAGAGCAUCUUGUUUGAAUCUCGACGGCUUUGUAUUGGGAGUGAUUUCCCGGCUGUCCAUAGAAGAUACUCUCGCUAUCGAAGCAGAUUCACAGGAAACUUUCUUAUCUAACUUUGAAGAGUUAUAUCAGCUUCAGUUUUAAUCUCUAGACUGACUGCGAUUUAGUUUCUUACUUAACUAGCCGCAUGAAUCAGGAAGGAUACUGUUUUAAUCUGUUAACCAAAUAACUGGGGGGGGGGGUUAACAUUGCAGUCUAACCAACUGGAUGAUAAUGUCUAGGUUGUACAUAAUGUUGAAUUUAAGUGAUAUUUAAAUGGUACAAUCAGUAUCUAUUAUUUGCUUUCAGUGAAAGCUCCAGCUGGCAAUUGCUAUACUGUUUUGUAAAUUGUACAGACCGUUUUUGUACUUCUGUAUUUAAGAUGUUUAUUUUUCUAAAAAAAAUAAAAGUAAAAUGAUGUUAAAUUAA